AUUGCCGCAAAGAAGCCCCCACCCACAGUUGUUGUUGCCUGAAAACCGGCUUUUCCUCGAUGGCCAACAGUAAUAAGGGGAGUGCAGCUGCUGGACACGGACACGGACACAGUGCCGGUCCCGGGCCUGGGGCCGGCUCGGGUAUUGGUGGCUCCUCGAAGCUGUCCCUCUGCCUGAUCCACUUCGUCUUGGCCAUCAGCUCGGGACUGGGACUAAAGCACAGCAUUGGCCGCUAUGCCCAGGCCGCCUUUGGCAUUUUCUUUGGCCACAGCCUGCUGUGUCUGCUGCGGCACACACACCCCAAUCCCGGCACAGUGCAGCGCCUCAUCUGCGACAAAUCGCGCCGCUACGCCUCGGUGCUCUUUAUCACCCUCAUCAUCGGCGAACUACAGCACCUGAACAGCCGACUGCAGUUGGGUACGAUUGCCGGCGCCGACUGGCAAUGGAUCUCCGUGAUGCUGUGGUCCACCACUCUGACACUGGCCAUCAGCAAUCAGUGCCUUGGCGGCCGUAGCGCCUUGGGGGCAAAGAUCGUGCAGCUGGAUGCCGCCAACCUGGGGCUGUGUGUCGUCUGGAACAUCUACUGUCUGUGGCACAUUGCCAUCGUCGAUGAGUUCUGGUGGUCGCUGGGCCUGGCCCUGCUCGUACUCAUGAAUCACUUUGUCCUGUGGCGCCUGCCGCUGCAGUUCAAGAUCACCCAACUGGAGGUCGGAACGGUGGGCAUGUGCUUCUCCGUCAUCUUUGCCAUCAAUGCCAUUCAGGAGCAAUUGGAUGUCAGCUGAGAGCCACUGCUCUUGCCCCUUUUGAUAACACCUCCCGUGACAUUUAAGGUUUCCGAUUGAUUAGGAUUUGUAUGCGUUUUGUAGUAAAAAUAAAUCAUAAGAUGAUUGAAAAA